AUUAACCCCAUAACUCUCUUCACCAUCCUCGUAACCUUACUUACAGGUACUACACUUACAAUACUAAGCUCUCACUGGCUAUUAAUCUGGACAGGACUGGAAAUAAAUACAUUAGCCCUCAUCCCCAUUCUAAUAAAAAAAACCAACCCACGAUCAACAGAAGCAGCCACCAAAUAUUUCCUCACACAAACAACAGCCUCCAUACUCCUUAUAAUAGCUAUUUUAAUCAACAUAACAAGCUCAGGACAAUGAACAACCACAAACAUAAAUAACCCCUCAACAACCCUACUAGUAACACUAGCACUAAUCAUAAAACUAGGCCUGUCCCCCUUUCACUUCUGAGUUCCAGAAGUCACACAAGGAGUCCCCCUAACAUCAGGCAUAAUCCUCCUGACAUGACAAAAACUAGCCCCCAUCUCAAUUUUAUUUCAACUAGCACCACUGCUCAGUCCCCAUAUCAUUCUAAUCUCCGCCACCCUAUCCAUCUUAGUAGGAGGCUGAGGAGGACUAAACCAAACACAACUACGAAAAAUCAUGGCCUACUCAUCAAUUUCACACAUAGGAUGAACCACAGCCAUCCUCAUCUAUAACCCCUCCACCACAAUCCUCAACCUAUUAGUUUAUAUUCUCCUCACACUCACUACCUUCAACCUAUUAACCAUUUACGCCAACCACACGACCUCAUCCCUAGCACUCCUAUGAAAUAAAAACUCACUGAUCGCCCUCGCAAUUCCCCUCACUCUAUUAUCACUAGGAGGACUCCCCCCACUAACAGGAUUUCUACCCAAGUGAGCCAUCAUUCAAGAAAUAGUAAAAAACAAUAACAUCAUCAUACCCACGUUCAUAGCUAUCGCAGCACUGCUUAACCUCUACUUUUACAUACGACUAAUCUAUUCCACAGCCCUAACUAUAUUCCCAACGACCAAUAACACAAAAACAAAAUGACGAUUCGAAAGCACGAAACAGACACUUUUUUUACCAACACUAGUAAUCCUAUCCACACUCCUUCUCCCCCUAGCCCCCAUUCCCCCCAUACUAGAUU